AUGGCUGGCGCUGGAGUCACCGGAUCACCCAUGGAAGACCGGCAGCAGCAGCGAGUGUUGUUGAGCGCCGAUGACGGGGCUGCCAGGCGACAGGAGAAGCGAGGCAUCGGCCUGGCGACCACCUACAGUGGACUGACCGGGUUCGGGUACGAUACAUCGCUCGGUUUGACAGGCUACCCGACUGCGUACGUCACGCCGACCGUGAUCAAAUCGACGUACACCGUUCCGGCCGCAGCGACCUACCAUGCGCCAAUCUAUCACGAUGCGACCCAGGGAAAGUACGCGUACGGAGGGUUCUACCCGAGCACGGGCUACGGUGGCUUCGGAACGGGUUAUACCGGAUUCGCCGCUCCGGCGGCCACCUACACCAAGAUCCUGCAUCCGGCCACCACCUACAGCAAGAUCCUGCAUCCGGCCACCAGCACGUACACGAAGGUCAUCCAAACGUACCCGCCGGCCACGGUGGGUGUGGUGGCGCCGGCCGUCAAUGGAUACAGCGGUGUCGCCAGCCUUGGAGGUUAUGUGUAUUAA